CGGGAAGACAAGCGCAUAUUUCGUAAACAACACCGUCGCCGUGUUCGAUAAUUUGUUCAGGCAAUCUGGGAGGUGUUCAGGUGUCGCAGAGGCAUUCGGGCUCCAACAAUGGAUAUAGAAAAUCGACGCAUAAAAGAGGAGACAGGCCCUGAUAAUGGUGGUGAAACGAUUACAGACGAUGGAGACGGCGGAGGAGAGGAAGGCAAUCUCAACAACAAUGAACUACCCGACGAUGACGUCCAUUAUCAGCAGCAGCAACAACAACCAGGAACAAAAACUAUCUACAGUCUCAAUAUCAACGUGUGCAGGCUGUGUCUGUGCGAAGGGCAGGGGAAUCUACAGCCAGUCUUCUACUCCAAGGACGCGCCGGACGUAAUACUACAGCAUAAAAUUCUUGAGCUGACUACGGUAGAGAUUACCUAUGCCCUCGACUUUCCCACGAGCAUAUGCAUCGACUGCCUGACGAGGGUGGAAGAAUUGGCGAUCUUUCGGCGACAGUGCGUCGAAAAUAACGAGCUGUUGCGGCUCAAGUACCUCGAGCUGAAAGCGGAAUUUGACUGUUACCCGGACCAUGUGAAAGUAGAGCAGCAGGACGACCAGCAGUAUGGCGACGACGGCGGAGCUACAGGAUCGCUCUCCAUCGUUAAAAAGGAAGAAAAACCCGAUGUGGAUGGGCUGCUGAUUGAAGCUGGGACAGCGUCGGUCGUACACGGCAAUAGUGUCACCGAAGCCGAAGCGAACGAGGCAACGGUGGAUGCCGGUGACGAUGAUAUCAUUAUCGGUGGCGCUGAAGAUUCGACAACGAAAAUUCAGUAUGUGAAUGAUGAUGGAACGAUGAUGGAAUACGUAGCCGAAUCGCUGUCCCCUUCGGCGAGGCCUACUACACUCGUUAUGCGGAGAGCGAGUGAGGUUGACGAGGAACUUCGAUAUGAGGCAGGAUACGAAGUUGGUGCCCAUGGAGACGAGGAGGUUGCCGAACGGCAUGAAAUCUAUUACACAGUAGGCACGGAUACCUAUGCCAUCGAGGCGAACGCUGCCGGUGCGGGGUAUACGCACGCGACCAACUACGUGCCGCCAGGAUUCGACAAUCAAACCGAGAUCGAGUGUACCACGAUUGAUGAGCAUCUGCCGGAAGAGUACGUCGAAGAGGAAGGUUCCACAGUAGCGAUAGCUGGACCUGGAGCAAGUACGGUUAGUAGCAGCAGUGGUGGUAAUACCGGUGGUGCCGUAGUAUCGGCACGUGGUAUACACGAUCGCCCGUUUGUGUGCAAACAUUGCAAAACGAGCUUCAAGUACGAGCACAACUACGAUCGACACAUGAAGAACCACGCCAAGGUGCUGUACCGGUGUGGCAAGUGCUCAAAAACGUUCGUCAAGCUACGCAAAUGUCAGCAGCAUCACAUAAAAGCUCACUCGUCACAGCGGUACGAGUGUGACAUCUGCUUCCGUACGUACAGUCUGCCGACGCGGCUCGAGAACCAUGUGAUCGAGAUGCACUCCGAGAACGGAGUGUACACGUGCGAUCGGUGCAUUGGCGAGAAAUUCGUUUCGUACCUCGACUUCAAAGCGCAUCGGAUGCAAUACCAUGCGCGUAACGAAGCUGCGACCGGUACCACGGAUACGGUUCCUGCCAUCAUCAAACAGACGACGCACGGUGAUGUGGUGCACAUGCAGAAGCUCGAAGCACCGCUCCUGAGCACGCUCGAAGAUGAGGAUGAUGACGAUGAUGCUGACAGUCCCGAUCUAAGCACGACAGACGGCUACGAGCUGGAGGAUAUACUGGUCGAACACACGACCAGUAACCGGAAGGGUAGAACGCAGGACACGGCAUCGAAACGCAAAGUCGGAGGACGGCUCAAAACGGUACCAGCUAAUGUGGUACCCCGUACGAGACGGAGCAAUGGAGAAGGGACCAAUCGUGGAGUGACGGCAAAGACGCAACAACGAAAUCGUCAAGCAACCAGCAACAACUCUGCUCAUCAGCAGCCACACGAGGUGAUCCUCAUCGAUGAUGACGAUCAGCAGCACAAUGGGAUCAUGGCCGGUGUACGGCGGCAGGCUCAAAGUGACACGAUGCUACGUAUGCACGAUGGUAUGGAGGUCGACAGUGGCAACGCACUGCACCGACAGCUGCUGCAGCAGAUCGAAGAAAGUGAAGCGAGCUCGAUUGGACCGAAGGUGUAUCCCUGCGAAAGUUGCAACAAAACGUUCGUGCAUCUCAACAAUCUGAAGGCACACAUCUAUGCCGAGCACGACAAUGAUAAACCGUUCAAGUGCAAGCUGUGUCCAAUAUCCUUCAAAACGAAAGAAAUCCUAGUGAUGCAUAUGCUACUCCAUUCACAGCAACAGAGUGGCAGUGCUAUAUAAGAGCAGCAGCAGUGUCAGUGUAGAACUACGCAAGAAACAGUUCCUUUUGCGAUCUUUUUAUGAUUACUAUGUGCCAACCCCUUUCCACUGCUCCCUUUUCUGUGCUCAUGCCAUCCAAAUGGGAAGACCCUCUCAACGACGACACACAAAUGGUGCAACGAUAGAUUUCACAGGAGCAGUGAGAAAGAGAGAAAGAGAGCGAGGAAGGGAGAAAAUAGUGUAAUACGUAAGAGCUUCCCAAGUUUUAGUCGUAAGUGAAACCUAGAGCACAUAUCUCGCUCGGAAUCUGUGCUGGUACAGGUCCAUUAUCAAUCCUCUAGUUUUUAAGAUCUCUCUCCUUAUCGCCUCGUAUGCUUUAUGUUUAAGAAGAACUGUUCGGUCCUUCGUUACUGUUUUAGGCUUCCACGUUUUUAUAGUUCUCAUGCAGUGAGCCCUCCCUUUCCCUGAUAUAGCAGUACAACCGGUUACUAGGGCAAACGAUCGCAGCAACUCUGCGUGCUCCGUCUCUUGUAAGGUAUCACCACCAUCACAUUGUGGCCUUUCACCAUUAUUCAUUGUUGUUCGUUUUAAGCGUUUAAUGUUUGCUUUCGUUAGUUUUGUGCUGAUCCCCACCCGAUUCGCCCGCGUUCGUGAGCGAGGCUCAGGCUAGGAAGGGGAACAAAACAGAACAGUCACGUUGUUAAAACCUGAUGUCUUAGAUUUGCGUGCGCCUAAAAGGAUCAGGUGCACUUACUUCACCCAGUAAGGCCCAGAAUGGUGCUUAUAUCCUGCUGCAUAAUGCUAUAAUCGUAAAUGUUCCAAGGGAAUCAAAUGGACUUUAUUUUGAAAAAUGCCAUAGAAAAGUAGAAGGGCGCAGAGGAACAAUCCCGUGGCCCUAUUCGAAAUUGAUUCUCCAACUGUGAGAACGCAACGCCAUAAUGUGUAAACCAGCACCCUGAAAGUAGGAGGGGUUCUUGUGUUUUCCUUUGCUGGUUAGGAAGGGAUGCAGGUUAGCGUAGAAACCGAAAAGAAAAGAUUUCAAGCAUAGUUCAAAUAUAGGCAAUUCGCUACCAGUUCGUACCAUUACUAGCAGCAAACGAGUGCAACAAGAAAACAAGUGCAAGAGCUCAUCCAAAGGAUGUGCUAUCGGACAUGAAAUGGCAAAUGUACGUGGCAAUAGAUAGAUAGGCUCAUAGCUACUGAUAGGUAGGUAAACGGGGAGCAUCUUACACAUCGAUGCCCCUCUGGUUAUCCUCGAACAAUUGCGACAAACCGUUACAACUGUACAACUCGCGCAACCCGAGCUCCUAAUAAAUGGUAAACGAAUCGAAUCACACACAAAGCCGGUCUGCACACUAUAGGUAGGCUCUUUAUUAUGUUAGGUUGGGAUGAGAAUCGCACU